AUGUUUGACGCGAAUGCUUUUGGCCCGAAAGACUCGCGCGUUGGUGCGAGUCGAGGUACCAAAACUCAACCGCGCAGAGGCCAACGCCCCCGUGCCACCAAAGGCUUCCUGGCCAUCGCAUGCCCUCUUAUGGGAAUCACAACCCCGAGCGAGUAUUUCGCUAAGUUUGGAUGGCCGCUCAUGUAUGACCCCGAAAGCCCAUGCUCGCACGAACGAGUUUCCCAACGCGCGAGUCUUUCAGGUCGAAGGCCUUCACAACAACAUACUUUCGCUAAGUUUGAAUGGUUGAUCGUGUAUAACCCUGAGGGAAAACCCAUGCUCGCACGAACGAACUUCCCAACUCGCGAGUCUUUCGGGCCAAAAGGCCUUCACAACAACAUAGCCUGCGAAAGACCCGGUCAAACAUUGUCACGACAUCGGGUUCGCCCCAGACCUCGCUGCCGCAGCUAG